AUGGGGCUCGGUGUGCUGGAGGAUCGCAAGCUGGAUCAGGUUCCAGGCACCUCCAAUAUCUAUGGGGUGGACGAGAUUCCAAGUGACCAGAUCCCUGGCGCCACAAGUCUGAAAUACGACCGGUCCACUGCAGAGCGGACCCUUCUUGUACCUCAGCCAAGCGAUGACCCCAACGACCCAUUGAACUGGCCACUAUGGAGACGCGACCUCAUCCUUGCCAUCCUGUCCUUUGUCACAGUGUUAUGUACGACCUUGAGCUCGAUCAUGGCCGCGAAUACAGUGACAAUUGCAGAAUAUGAAACAAUUACGUUCGUCCAGGCCGCGCUUCUGACAGGUUACCAUUUGUGUGGUGUGGGAGUAGCGGGAAUUCUGAUUGUUCCAACUGCGCGAGUCUGGGGCAAGCGCCAUCUGUUCAUCAUUGGGCACGUCUUGAUGAUCGUCAGUUGCAUUUGGGCUGGUGCGAGUGGACACAACCACAAAAGCCUUCUCUGGGCCCGAAUCUUCCAAGGCGUGGCCUUAGCUCCAUUUGAGGCGCUGGUAAAUGCUUGUGUGGGUGAUCUUUACUUUGUCCAUGAACGAGGAAAGCGAAUGGCCGUAUCCAAUGUUGCUCUGUUUGGUGCUGCUUUCUUGACUCCUGUCUUCGUCGGCAAAAUCACCAAGUCCAUCGGUUGGCAAUGGUCCUUUUACUUUGUUGCCAUUUUUCUUGGUGCAGCAUUACCUUUCAUGAUUCUAUUUGUGCCCGAGACUGCGUUUCGACGGCCCGACUAUCUGAACACCGACUUCAAACACAAGAGCAGCCAGGUGGAGUCCUUUGAGUCAAACUGGCCCCUCAGUGGUCCCUCCAAUAAAGACGCUCAAGAGUUCAUAUCGGGAACUGCGGCAAUUGGCACACGGACAGAGGUUUCCGCCACGGCGAAACCAGAGAAAAAUUCAAUUUGGGCAUCGAUGAGGCUUUUCAAUGGACGAAAGACAGAUGAAAGCUUUUUCAAGCUCCUCCUCCGCCCUUUUCCAUUAUUCUUCCACCCUGGAAUCUUCUGGGCUUGUUUGACUCAAGGUAUCGUCAUUGGUUGGGCCGUGUUCAUCGGCGUGAUUCUAGCAAUCGUAUUUCUGGGCCCACCACUAUGGUUCGAAGAAGACAAAACAGGCUACUUAUACACUGGUGCCUUCAUCGGUGCUAUCAUAGGGCUCAUUCUUGCUGGCCUGCUUACCGACUCCAUGAAUAAGGCGAUGAUCCGACUCAACCGAGGCAAAUAUGAGCCGGAAUUCCGAAUCCUUCUAGUGGUCUUCCAGCUAGUUUUCAGUGCCAUGGGCCUGUAUGGGUUUGGGUGGACAGCCUCCGAUGUGGAAAAAUACCACUGGCUCUUACCGGACGUGUUCUUCGCAUUUCUGAUCAUUGGCAUGGUUAUGGGCGCAGUAGCCGCUUCACUUUACAUCGUCGAUGCACACAGGGAAAUUGCCGUGGAAGCAUUCACUUGCCUGCUGGUCUUCAAGAACAUGUUCAGCUUUGUGCUAACCUUCUUUGCAUAUAACUGGUUUGCUCAUGGGGGUGUCAAGCACACGAUGAUUAUCAUCGGCAGCAUCCAAGUGGGCAUUUGUCUGCUCAGUAUUCCUAUGUAUAUGUUUGGCAAGCGGAACCGCUCAUUCUUCGCCCGUCAUGAUAUCCUCGAGAUGCUGCAUCUCUGGUAG